AUGAACGUGUUCACAGUGACAUACGAGGACCAGGAGAGGCAGAAGCAGAGCAAAGACAUGUCCGCAGGCGGAGUGUCGGGCCAGUACGCCCGGCAGGGAUGUGGGCUGGAGGGCUGGGCGGUGGCCCAUGCCGAGGGCACCGACAGGGCGGCAGCGGCAUGGUUCAAGAAGGCGCGCAAAGCGUAUCUCAAACUCGGCAUGCCGCUGCAGUGUGCGGCGAGCGGAUGCACAAACAGAGAGUAUACGUCAUCGCUCGGGUGGCGCAACCACAUCGAGAAGCACCGCGAGGUCGCUAUCGUGCCCUCGCUCGAGUCCAACCUCCUCCACGUCCACGCCAUCCUCGCCGCGCGCGCCGCAGCGGCAGAGGCCCGCCCGCUCGCCUGCUUUGUCCCGGGCUGUUCCGAGCCGCCCGCUGCUGAUGAACAUGCGCUCGCCGCUCAUGUUGUUGCCGCCCACGCCAGUGAGGAGACAAAGCGCGUGAGCAACAGGCGCGGUCGCCCGCGUAAGGAUGCUACCCCGGCCAAGCCAUCGUCCGACUCUGCGAGCAAGCCGAUGGCGGCGGCUCAGGCCGUGGCAGCAAGUGAGGCCAGCCCGUCGCGUGGUCUCCCGCUUCAUCCCACUGCGCACGCGCCACACCCUCACGUGGCCCUCGUCCGCACGGCUGCCACCGCGCCGCUCGUCCCUGUCGACGACGAGCUCAUUGUGGCCGAGUGCAACAGGCUCGUCCGCAAGAUGCGGGCCAAGUUUGGCGGCGUGGUCCUCACCCACUGGGCUAUCUACUUUCAGAGCCGCAACGCAAGUGCACCCGGUGGCAUCUUUGUCCAGGGCUUUCUCUACCAGGGCAAAGGCUGCCGCGCCAAGCGCAUCACCGUCCCGCUCACCUGGAAAACUUCGGUCAUCUCGGGCAUCCGCUCCGACGGUGUCCUCACCACCCUUUCCGGCUCGUUGUACAAGCUCGACGGCCCGCCCAACGAGGCCGCGCUCCUCGAGUACGGCUUCGCCCCAUCGACUGCCGCAGCCUUUGCCACCGGCUUCCCGCCAAACUGGAAGGCCCUACUCAAGACCGAAUGGGCCCGCCGCAACGCCGCUGCCGCCCUUCCCAACUCUCCCUCGCGCAUCGAGCCCUCUGUCUGCCCCCACGCUCACGCCUCAGCGGCGCUGUCGCCUCACGAGACCGGCUCGGCUCAGUCGGCCCGAGUCGCCCCGAUCCCGGCCCCGCCUGUCGCUGGCCCUGGUCACAACUCGUGGACCGACGACGAGCUCGCUGCGCUAGCCGAGGCACAGCGCUCGGUCCCGCCGUCGAUCCGCAAUUACUGGUCCGUAGUCGCCGCCAUUGUCGGAACACGGAGCGCCGAAGAGUGCCACGCCCUGGUCGUCGCCUCGCCUGUCGCGCCGCGGGCCGGAGGAGCGCCGGCCGCUGCUGCUGUCGAGGCCUCGCCCAUUGCCCUCGAGCGCCUCGCCUCGGCCGACUCAGUUCAGAAGAAGCGCAUGCUCCGCAAGCUUGUCGCCAAGAGCAACGCCGGGCACGCCGACGACGCGUUCGAGUCGACGCCGCUGCGAGCGGCCAUGCCGCCGGUAAUCGACCUCUGCGGCGAAUCGCCGACGGUGACGUCGCGAGCAAGCGCAAGCGCAGAGCAUGCCGCGCCCACGUCCGAGAAGGACGCAUUCUAUGCCGAGCUCCGUGCCGCUGAGCGCGCGGCGUCGCCGCUCUCGUCGCCCUCUUCGCGCAAGCGGCGCUCGCGCUCGACCGCCGGUGACGACACUGACUCUGAUGAGACUGACGACGAGACCGCGCCAUCGGCCUCGCUCCUCUCCGCCAUGUCGCGGCCCAAGCAGAAGCAGCACGACAAGUACGUCCAUGGCGUGGCCAAGCGGACAAAGCUCAACUCGGGCGUGGCGGGAGCGCCGCCUCCCCGCACUCUGCGGCCGGCCCGCCGCGUCAACGAUCCGUCAACCCAGGAACUCGCCAAGGCCGCUCUGGCCGAGGCCAGCGCGCCAGCUGCAGAACUGGCCGAUGACCCGUACUACGAGUUUUCGUCGGAGGACGAGUAAGAUCUCGCUCUGAGUUUAUUGCUUCGACGACAACGAGGCCUUCUCCCACGCCGUGCCAAACGAGGCAAAGACUUCCGAGGCCUGCGCCAUCUUGGAGCGGACAGUGGCCGGGAAGGCACGGGCGACGCCGCUGAGGUCCAGCUCGUCGUACCGGCCCAUGGCAAAGGCCAUAGCCUGAGCCUUGAGCGCCGGCACCAUGUUAAAUGCCGCCAUUCCGGC